AGGAUGAGGGAUGGGACAGGGAUGGGACAGGCAUCUGACUCCAGGUCCAAGGUCCAAGGAUCUCACAGCUGUAGCAACUGAGGUUGGAGGGGAAGUGUGACUUACUUGAGGUCAUCAAUUUCUGCUUAUGCGGGUCAGUGCUUGGUUGGGACUCAUGGUUCCCCCAAAUUUCAUACUUCGAAGGUUCCCAGAGGGAACCAUCAGGUCUGACUCCUUUCCCUUGGGUUCAUGUGAUUGGUUCGCCUCUCUGAAAGGCUCUCUCCAGCUUCCAUGGCAAACAGGGUCUCACAUCCUAAGAGUGUAUGCAGAUCACAGGAGCUCUGGGGCUCAGCAGCACAGGCUCUGGACAAGCAGGUCUGAGUUUGGGACCCAUCACAGAACCUUCACUGAUUCAUUCUUUACAUUGAAAGUUUACUGCCAAGCACUGGGGACCACCAGCAGACAAAACAGAUGUACUCCCAGUUACUGAGACAACAGUGGAGGGGACUAGAGACCAGAAAAAUCAAUGCGCCGACAGUCACACCCUUAGAAAGCACAGUCUGGGUUCCAACUCUGAAGUCUACACCCAGCAGGAAAAAUUCCUGCAUGUGCUCCUUCUACUUCUUCCGAGCCAGCUGCCCCCUGCCCUCAACAUACCAGUCGCUGACCCAGCCAUGCCCGCUCCACUGCUCCCACUGCUGCUUCGAACCCUGAUGUCCCGCUUGCUGCUGCCUGCCACCCGCCUGGCCCGCCGGCACCUCCUGCCCCUCCUGCGCCGACUGGCCCGCCGACUGGCCCGCCGCCUGGGCUCGCAGGAUGUUCGAGAAGCUUUGCUGGGCUGUCUGUUGUUCAUCCUCAGCCAGAGCCGCCCGCCCGACGCUGAGGAGGUCUCCAGAGUGGCUGGCCAGGAGAGGAGGGAGAGGCUAGCUCCCCCAAAAUGAGGCUGCGAUCCCUGAUAUUGGCUGUGUCAUCAAAAGCCAUUCUUUUGGAGCAAGACAGUCCUGGCACCACCACUGAGCACAGCCUACCCACUGUGCAGAAGACGCGGUGGGGGGCCGAGCACAAAGAGGGGUCUGACCAGGAAUGCCUCCCCACUCCCAACAGGAAUGACUGGAAGGAUACCCAGCAUCUAGCAGAAAACUGAUCUUACACGACCCUGCACUCCUCCUUCCAAGACACCUUUCCUAAUCGCAUCUGGGCUGGGAAGGGAAGGGAGGGGGAUGAGGGGAGUGACUCUGCUCCCCCACCCCCAUCCCGGGCAAAUGGGAACCUGAGUUCCAGUGAGGGACAGUCCUCGGAUAACUGACAACUUAUCUGAGAGGGGAGAUUUUAACCCAGACAGUCUGUCCUUCAGACUCAGGAUUUUCCUUCAAAUAAUAGAACCUUGAUUUGGUCAGUCUUGCCCCAAAGCCCAGCACGCAGCAGUUGCUCAAUAAAUAUCUGCUCAUUUGAA